AUGACUCUCGCCGUCGACCUUCUUAACCCCUCCGCCGAGCAGCAGGCUCGCUCGCACAAGCUCAAGCGACUUGUGCAGAACCCCAACUCGUUCUUCAUGGACGUUAAGUGCCCCGGCUGCUUCGCCAUCACCACCGUCUUCUCGCACGCCCAGACCGUUGUUGUCUGCGGCUCGUGUGCCCAGGUUCUCUCGCAGCCCACCGGUGGUAAGGCUCGCUUGACCGAGGGCUGCUCUUUCCGCAAGAAGGCGUAA